AUGUUAGAAGUUUUUACAUUUUUUCUAAUUCAUGUUUUCUUUCUUUCUUCUUUUUUUUCUUUCUUUCUUUCUUUCUUUCCGCUUCGUUAUUUCUUUUUCUCUUUCUUUCUUUCUUUCUUUCUUUCUUUCUUUCUUUCUUACUUCUGUGCGCUUAUCUUUUUUCUCUCUUUAUUUAUUUCCGUUUGUCGUUUUUUUUUGUUUCUUUGUUUCUUUCUUUCUUUCUUUCUCCUUUUCCUUUCUUUCUUUUAUAUUUCGUUAUUUCUUUCUACCUUUCUUUCUUUACAGUUUAUUUACUUUUUUCCGCUUAUCGUUUUUCUUUCUUCUUCCUUUUCGUUUUUCUUUCUUCUUCCUUUUCGUUUUUGCUUUCCGUCUUUUUUUCUUUAUUUAUUUUUAUUUGUUGUUUUCCACAUUUCUUUCUUUCUUUCUUUCUUUCUUUCUUUCUUUACGAUUAUUGUUUUCCUUUCCUUAUGUCUUUCUUUCUGCGUAUCGUUCUUUCUUUCUUUCUUUCUUUCUUUCUUUCUUUCUUUCCGCUUAACUUUUUUAUUUGUUGUGUCCAUAUAUUCUUUCUUUCUUUCUUUCUUUCUUUCUUUCUUUCUUUCUUUCUUUCUUUCCGCUUCGUUAUUUCUUUUUCCCUUUCUUUCUUUCUUUCUUUCUUUUUUGCUUUGUUUGUUUGUUUCUUUCUUUCCUUACUUAUGUGCGCUUAUCUUUUUUCUUUCUUUCUUUAUUUCCGUUUGUCGUUUUUUUCUUUAUAUAUUUCCGCUUAUCGUUCUUUGUUGCUUUACACAUAACAUUACUUUUUUCUUUCUUUCUUUCUUUCUUUCUUUCUUUCUUUCUUUCUUUCUUUACCCUUUUCCUUUCUUUCUUUUAUAUUUCGUUAUUUCUUUCUACCUUUCUUUCUUUACAGUUUAUUUACUUUUUUCCGCUUAUCGUUUUUCUUUCUUCUUCCUUUUCGUUUUUGCUUUCCGUCUUUUUUUCUUUAUUUAUUUGUUUCCGCUUAUCGUUUUUAUUUGUUGUUUCCCACAUUUCUUUCUUUCUUUCUUUCUUUCUUUCUUUACGAUUAUUGUUUUUCUUUCCUUAUGUCUUUCUUUCUGCGUAUCGUUUUUUCUUUCUUUCUUUCAUUCUUUCUUUCUUUCUUUCUUUCUUUCUUUCUUUCUUUCUUUCUUUCUUUCUUUCCGCUUAACUUUUUUAUUUGUUGUGUCCAUAUAUUCUUUCUUUCGUUCCUUCUUUCUUUCUUUCUUUCUUUCUUUCUUUCUUUCUUUCUUUCCGCUUCGUUAUUUCUUUUUCCCUUUCUUUCUUUCUUUCUUUCUUUCUUUCUUUCUUUCUUUCUUUUUUGCUUUGUUUGUUUGUUUCUUUCUUUCUUUCCUUACUUAUGUUCGCUUAUCUUUUUUCUUUCUUUCUUUAUUUCCGUUUGUCAGAAAAUCCUCAAACCCUUUCAAUUACCUACUGAUCCACAUCCUUCGCAUUUACCUCCCAGCAUCCUAUCGCCACAGCCCUUCUUUUAUAACCCCAACCGAAAACGACCCCAAGAUUUUUCCACAAACACAAAUUCUUUCUUUCUUUCUUUCUUUCUUUCUUUCUUUCUUUCUUUCUUAUUGUUUUCUAAUUCCCGUUCUUUGUUUGCUUGUUUCUUUCUUUCUUUCUUUCAUCAUUUCUUUUUUUUUUUCUGCUAAUCGUUUUCUCUUUCUUUCUUUCUUUCUUUCUUUCUUUCUUUCUUUCUACUUAUCGUUGUUUGCUUCCCGUUUUUUGCUUGGUUGUUUCUUUCUUUCUUCAUUUCCGUUUACCGUCUUUUACUCUUUUGCCUUCCGUUUCUUUCUUUCUUUCUUUCUUUCUUUCUUUCUUUCUUUCUUUCUUUCUUUCUUUUUUUCUUAA